CCAAACAUAAACGUUAAUACAGCUUCACUCUAAUAUUCAUAGUUCGACAUUACCAACUGAUCAGAUUUGCUACGAUCAACAAUUUUGUUAAAUAAAGAUGUAUUUUAACGAGGAAUACGAUGAUGGAACUCUAGGAUAUAUGUAUCACUCCGAUCGCAUCAACAAUUAUUUGCAGAGACAUAUACGUUUAUUCUUUGGAGAUGGAAGGAUUGCUCAGUCAGAGAAUAGUGACAAUCCACACAGCCCUAGAGAGAAAAACAAAACACAAACCGAUUCGAUUUUAGUAAAAAUGGGCACAUCGAUGAGGCGUUAUUUUGAUAACAAGGAACUCAGUGAUAUUAAACUAAAGGUUGGUGACCGGGUAUUUGAUGCACACAAGAUAGUACUGGUUUCUGAUAGCGAUGUUUUUGAGACUAUGCUAAUGAAAAGUGACUGGCAUGAAGCAAGUCAGCGAGAAGUUGAACUGCAUGAAGUGGACAGUGAUGUCUUCGCACUAAUCCUCGAGUUCCUCUACACCGGACAAAUCCGUCUACAUAUUGAGAACAUCAUGUCUGUAUACCAGAUUGCUGAGAAGUACAACUUUAAACGUCUCAAACAAUGUCUUUGUAAAUUCCUUCAUAAAUUUGUAUCGGAGCGCUACCAACAAGGGAAACUAACAGCACCAGAAGCUGCCGCGAUGUGCAAUGCCUUUGCAGCUGAUACUUCAAUGCAUCCUGGGUUGAAAUGUGUCUUACAUUGGAUCAGUGUAAAUUUCUCUAGUUUCAUUGAGAGUUGUGAGUGGCAGAAGUUAUCAAAGACUACCGUCGUCAUGCUUCUCCAGAAAGAUGAAAUUGGGGACAGUGAGCAAAAGAUAUUUGUAGCAGCCAAAAGAUGGUUGGAGUUUGAUAGCUCGCGUACUGAAACACCAGAGCAAAUCUACGAAGUAUUGCAGCAUGUUCGUCUGACAUUUCUUUCUGCAAAAGAGUUAUACGCUAUCGAAAAUGACCCUAUUGUAGUAAGGUGUGAUCCGAUGGUGAAACUUAUUUUCGACACCAUGCGUCGAAAAGUUUAUGAGGGCGUGCCAAACUUUAUAGGUAAAUACGUGACUCAAAAUUGGCUGAAGCGUCGAGGUCGAAUUCCCGCAAUGUACUGAAUAUAAAAUCUGUUAUACUUUAUAUAUAUUGACUUCCUUUAUAUUGAUGGAAUCUUAAAUCUUUACAUUUGAACCAGUAAUUAAUCGUUAGGCCUGUAUUUGGACAUAGCUAUGUUGCCAUAGUAAACAACGAUGCUGCGAUCAACGGACUCUGCCCACUGAUCCCUCUAUCUUUGCACGCUCUUGUACAUAAUGAUAUUUCUGGAUACGGCCUUGUUGGCAUGAGGCCGGGGCCCAAAAGCCCACUUAGGUUGUUGGUGGGUACAGGAGCCGAUGUCAGUUCGUUUGUGUACUCUUAUAAAUAUUGCCAAGUUUUUGCAUUUAAAAAAUUUAGAUAAAAUGAAAUGACAUGAAUCUGAAUAUGCUCUAUAAACUCAAUGGAGCGUAUUUCAGUUUCAUUUAUAAAGAUGAUGUUGCCUCAGAAAACAAAAAACAAAAAAAAAAAACACUCAAAAAUUCAAUUAAAACGUUGAGCCUAGCCUAGAAACAGAAAAAAAAAGUGUGGAUGAUGAAGAUUUACCAUAAGGUAGUAUGAAAGCUCACAUUGAUGAUGAUGUGUCAAGUACUUCCUGAGCAUUCCUUUUAAUGUUAGUGAAAUAAAAAUUAUUAAAGAUAAAUAAACAUGGAAAUUGAUAUCAGUAUAGAUACUCACUAUAUCUUACAAAUUCCAGAUUGUCUACAGACAAAUACUGGAUUUGCUUUUAUACAAUACAAAUAAAUAAGAUUUAUAAAUAGGAAAAACAGAUCCUUAAAGAACAUUUGUUAAAACAUGGACCUAUUAAUCAAACUACUGGUGCCUUAUGUUGGAAACCUUCAAUUCAUCCAUUAUACUAUAAUAAUAAUAUCAACCAAUCAGCAGCAAGUCUCACUACCACAAACCUAUUUCCUUGUUUGGAAUGUCUGCAGAUAUUAUUUUCCUGAAGACCAUUGAAGCAACUCAAUCGAAACUUCGAGAUAUUUUCAUCCAACAACAGUUCUUUACAGAACUAUCUAAGUGGUGUACGACAAACAUAAUAUAUAAUAAUAAUAAUAAUAAUAAUAAUAAUAAUAAUAAUAAUAAUAAUAAUAAUAAUAAUAAUUACCACAAACCGUUUCUAUAGACAUAGAAAAAAAAGUUAUUUCAAAAGAGAUGAGGUUAGUAAAAUGAAAACCCGUCUUGUAACAAGUUGAUAUCCUGUAUAACCAUAUUAGACAAGACGAACUGGAAAUUCCCAUUUCAGAUUUUAUAAAACGGUUCGUGAGUGCUCAGUAUACAUUACUGUAGGAACACGGAGUUCGAGACCGACGCUCGCCCGUGUCCUUGGGCAAGACACUUUACUUAAAUUUAAGGUAUCACAGUAAGUACACCAUGUUAUUCCUAAUUCUCUUACUAAAAUAAUAAUAUAUAAUAUAGGCCUAAUUAUGCUUGUGUUUCUUGCACUUUAUUUAUUCAUGGAAGAAUAAGCAUACUGUACCCUGUGUAUACAUAACACAUGUUUAAUUAGCAUACUGUCAUCAUUUUAUAGCAAAAUGAUAGGUUUUUAUAGUUUCAAUCUUUGCUAAAAUGAGGCAUGUUGUGGCGAAAUGGUAAAGUUGUCGCACAGUCCAGUAUUGAGUAAAUGAGCUAUAAAAUAUGGGAGCUCAAAAAAUUGC